GGCUGCACAGCAAAGAAAGCUGACAACUGAACUACAACUCCCAGAAACCUAUGCUGUAACGAUAAAAAAAAAUUUGUCCUGGAUUUGAUGGGAUAAACUGAGCAAACGCACAAAAAUCUGAGGUAGAACCCUGAUUGGUUAAAGGAAUGUGCUAGUGUAGUAAGCAGAUUAGAGUGUUCCUCUGGUUUGUUUUUGUUUUGUUUUGUUUAAUCAUUAAGCACCCAUAGAAAAAAGAAGAAAAAAAGUUAAACAUUUCUUAUUUUAGAUCAUCUGAUGAAUGUUUUUGUACUAGUCCAAAGCUUUCCAUAGAGAACACAUUAAAUCCACUCCUAUUUAAGAAAUGUUGUGCAUGCUGAAAUGGAAUAUAAAGUCUUUAAAUGUUAUACGGUCUUUAUAGGUAAGUGUGUCUGUCUGACGGCCACAGAAGACGUACUUUGUGACAAAUAUAAACAUAGCAGUUUCUUACAAAAGGCAAUGUUUAUACUUGUCAGACAGCAGGGACAGGGUCUAUGCACCAAAUCUGCUACAAUAAUAUGUCGUUGUUUUUGGUAGAAGAAGAGCACACUGCAGGCAAUAAAAAGCCUGAGGAAUGUCAAGUGUAUCUGAUAUGUAAUAAAAGUAAUGUUUUUAAAUGUUGUUAUUUUUUAGUCGAUUUUUUAAAAUGCCUUAAAAAGAAUGGAAUGUCUGGUUGCUUUAUGCUUUUGUCUUUUGUUUUCUCACUUUUGGGGAAUUGUGUAGAUAGAUAGAUGGGUAGACAGUCAGAUAGGUAGUUAGAUAGAUAGGUAUGUAGGUAGGCAGGUAGGCAGACAGACAAAUAAAGAGAUUUAAAUGCACACUGAUGUUGAAAAACAAUGAAUACAAGUCAAUACAAAUCUCUUUUGAUUCCAUUGUCCAUUCAACAAGCUUCAAGAAAGGACUCUCAGGUCAAAUUCUUUUUGUAGCAAAUGUACAUUUGUAAUAAUAAUAAAGCAGUCCUUUGAGCAGCCAAAGUGGGAUUCCAUGUAUAGUAUAUCAGUGUUUUAACAUGAGUCCUGUUCAUGAUACACUUCUAUGUUAAUCACUUGGAGUAGCAGUACUGUUUCUAGUUUGUGUUCACAGCUUUAUCCAUUAACAGGGAUUUUCACAAAAUUUCAAUAUAAUUUCAAUAAUUUCAAAAUGAAUUUCAAUUUCAAGAUAAAAAAAAAAAGCCAAGCUAAGAAGGGGGCGUGGCUAGCUGUGCAACGGAUCAGACGUAUCUAAGAAGAGCUCUUGCUCUAUUGUACACCAAUUGACUGUAAAGCCACGGAAAUUGUUAGAUUUACCUGCACGUUUAACAUUCUGAACCCCCCCCAAAGAUGGGGCGAAAACACAGGAAAACUGGCCCCGGCAGAGGGCAUACGCAGGCCAUGACUAAGAUGGCACACGGGAGACCACGAGGCUCCAGAAAGUCUGAAGACUCACAGGAGGAAGAGAGCUCUACUGCCUCGAAGGCUCCAAGUGGAGUAUACCGGAGAACAGACUCUGACACAUAUCCAUCGACAAAGCUCCUGCUCGACCUCCAGGCAAUCUGGAAGGCGGAUCUAGCUGGUGUACAAUCAGAGAUCGGGAGUCUAAACCGACGGGUCGGUGAGGUGGAAUCCCGUGAAGGAGAACAGGAGGGUCAACUGACAGAGACCCGAUCCCAGGUGGCAACACUCACAAGUCCAGCAUCUUACUUGCACAGUUAUUUCUCUAGAAGUGUGGCACAGUUGGAGGAACAUCAGGUUAAAAGGGGCCCAGAAGCUCUACUGGAAUUUGCAAACAAGGUGGCUUGAGUAUUGGGGGUGAAAGGAUACCAGGAAACUGCACCAAUAGCAUCAGCAUUCUGUAUUUGGAAGACCCCGACCACCCCUGCAGAAACACCCAGGGACAUUAUAGCCAUUACCCGAGAUGUUUCUAUUAAAACAGCCAUCCUGGCUUGCUCCAGAAAUCAUCCCACCAUCAAGGUGAAGGACACACCAUUAGGAUCUAUGAUGACUUACCAUUCUUGGCCCUGUUGGACAGAUGGAGAUUUCUACCAGUCACCAAACUGCUAAGGGAACACAGUGUCAGAUACCGAUGGGGAACAUUGGGAACUUUGCUAGUACCCCAUGGAGAUACAGUACUGACUCUAUCAGCGGAGGAAGAUCCAGCAGCCCUUCUGAGUACCAUGGGCCCGCCACUUACGUCACCCGUGAGGUCCAGGGGAGCUGUAGUCCCAACAAAGGGAACACCCAGUUUGGAGACAGAAAUCCAGGGCAGGGUCCACGAACCCCCAUAGAAUGCCCCAUCCAGCUGAGAAUGCCCCUGGCAACCAAAGGGUUUAUACGAAACCCACAUUCUAACUGUUUAAUUACAUACAGCCUGCACAAUUGUUGAAUGAUGUUUUGGUUGACUGUUAUUUUUGUUGACUAUUUUCUUUUCUUUUCUUUUUUUUUAUCCACGAUGGCUAACUACCUAACCAGACGGGGGCACAUGCGGGAAAAAGAGGGGGUACAGAGGAGCAUAUGGGGUUAUGACAGCAGAGUUGUUGGUGAGCGCCUUCUGGGUAUAAAAGUCUUUAUCAUAGGAACCCAGACAGCUGAAUCCUCAGCCUCCCUAUAGUGAGACACCUUACAAAGGAGGGAUAGUUCCACUGGAUCCCUUGGACACAUUAGGCUAACAGGGACCCCAACGCCCCACAUGUCUGAGGCUGCCAAAGGAAUUACAAAUAGACAAUAUGCUUGGGCUGCUGGCCUAUAUGCUCCCCUCAUUACUGUAGGUUGUUGUUUUCAUCAACUAUCUUUUUUGUGGAAUAUAAUUUUGUAUAUGUGGGCCAGAAACCUAUCCUGACAGGGAACAUGGAUGGAUAGGUGAGAGAGUAUGAGGGCGAAUGGGAGUAUUAGAGGCAGUCUUGUCUGUGUGAGCCCCACACACCCUUGCCAAAGAGCCCCAGAUAGGUGAGCAUUAAGUCUCCCUGCAUUUCGACACCUUAAAGAGAUGGGAUUUCCCGGGCGCAGUAGUCUAACAGAGACGAGGGGAAUGCUGAAUACGGCCCAGCCUCUGCUUCAAGCACCAGCAGCAGGUAACUGCUCCUAGAAUUACAACCCACCUUUCAUGGAGUCCCCCUGCGAGGGCGCACUGGGUUCCAACAAGAUGCACGAGACAGUAUGCCAGGGCAGAGUGCAGUGGGAUGGUAACAUGGAAGGGGACGUGAUAGAGGAGUGGGCUUUGGAUUACCCUUAAGGGCUCUGUUGUUUUUUUGGGGGAAGGAAGGGGGUUCACUCGAAUUUAGUUUUUUUGUGUCAUGUACCUGUUUUUAUGCUAUAAUCAGCUGUAUUAUUCCAUGCAAUGUCUGAUAUAUGUCUGCAAUACCAAAAUGUGUGGAAGCAAUCCACAUAAUAAAUAAAGAAUAUUAAAAAAAAAGCCAAACUACACUGUAUCAAUAGUAAUAAUAAGUCCUGAUAGUCAAAGGAUAGGUCUAUCAGAAAAUGUGUAAGAGGGAAUAAGACAGAGAAUAGGAUAAAAGCUCUGAAACUGGAAAAAGUGGGGUUUCAUCAAAUCCCAUAAGUAUUCACAAGUAUAAAAAUAAAGGCAUCCAAGAGCUUAUAACAUGUAACUAAUACAUACUAGAUAUUUAAUAUAUUGACAGAGAAUAAAUGUCAAUAUCUAGUAUCUAUUAGUUACAUGUUAUAAGCUCCUGGAUGCCUUUAUUUUUAUUUUUACACUGUAUCAAUGACUAGAGCGUCUCCUACAUUAUAUCUGGAGUGACUGGAGUUAGGCAAAGCUCUCACCUCCACUGCGCUACACAAGUUGUUCCUCUGACAUGGUACUGGGCAUUGUAGUGAUAAUACUAACCAUUCCAUAUGCGUGACACUGUUAGACUGAACAAGUAUCUGUUUUGUUUUCUUUGUGUUAUACUCUGAAAACAAAAACUGUAAACGUCAUUGUUAGUGCUGCACUUUGACACUGUCAUUGUAAUAUCCCCGAUUACUCACUGUCAGUAUCAUACUUAACAAGUCUUAUGUAUCCUGUGUUCACAAUAACUUCACAAUCUUUGAAAUUAAUUUAAAAAAAAAGAGAGAGAGAGAAUAGCCGAACAGGUCAGCUUUGCUUGAACUUUAACGACCUUAAAUUUGAAAUUCACUUUGAAUUCUUCCUUUAGUGAAUACCCUGUAAGUUCAUUCACUAAACUGUUAAUUAUUAUUUAUAAAGUGCCAACAAUGCUAAAUGAGCCAAGCGUUGAAUAAACCUUUUAAUUUUCAAGUUCAGCUUUUUUUCUAUCACUAUUCAGUGUUUAUCAAAUAAAUAAAUGAGAUGUGACCAUUUGACAACAGAGUUAGAAAAAUUGGUACCAAACACCCAAUUACAAAGGUUCGGACUUUUAUAGAUUUAUAAUUUGUUUGGCCUAAACAUCUUUGUCGACUUUGCAGCAGAGCUCACUGUUUUUAGUAAAUUAUUCCCUAAAAUUCAUAUUGAUUGAGGAGAAACCUAAUCCACAUUGGUUCAAAUUUGAAGUAUAAAUAUAAUUAAUUCUACGUACUUUGUGUAUCAUAUAUAUAUAUAUAUAUAUAUAUAUAUUGUAAAAAAUUAUGUGUUACCACAGAAUGAGAGAGUUCUGCUAUAUAUAAUUGUGUAUUUUCUUUUCCAGGCAUUUUUGUAAACUGUAGUUGCCCUCCAGCUGUACCUUGUACAAGGAAACAGAAAGGUGGUUAUCCUGUAGGAGCAGGGGUGUGGAGUCAGUACACAUUAAAGCCAGAAAGACCCGUCUGACAGGUGUGAAGUCAGUGGAAAUCUGAUCACAGACGUGUAUCAUGGGACCUUCCUGUCUGUCUGAGAAGCUCUAACGAAGCCAGCGACAGAAGCAACCACACAACGGCAAAAGGAAGAUGAGGCGCUCAUUACAUAUCUCUUCCAAAGACAAAGGGGAAAUUGAACUGUGCUAACUAAGGAGGUGCAGGACAAAGCAUGGUAAUCAGCAAAGGACAGACGCUGACGAAAGGUAAGGACAUGAGGAGAUAUACUGGACAGGGACAGGAACUGUGACAAAGCACAAACAAAGUCACUAAGUAACUACAUAAAAUAUACUGCGUUAAGGGAACAAGAAACACAAAUAAUAGACAUAAGGGGCCAAAACGUGUUUACUGGAAAUUGACAGAUCUGUUCAUUAACAAGGUGUUGGCAAUGGCAAACACAAGGAUCAAAUUUGGGUACUCAGCUUAACUCUUUAAUUCUGUUGGCCAUCUGUUACAAACAAGCAAUCCCAAAGCACUUGGAUUUUUGUUUCCAGUAAAGGCUGUGUUUGAUACAUUCUAUCAGCAGCUGAAUGGGACUUGGGUCCUGGUUCAGAUCAGCUGAUUGUGGGAAACAAACACCUCUCACGUUUAGAUCCAACGUGGAGCUAUUUUUCGGAUAUCAACUUAAAACAGCCUUUUACAGUUUUAAAUUUGCAAUCUACUCUGUGAAUAAUGAAUGUCAGGGUUACUCACAACAGAGCAAUCUAUAUUAUCCUGUGUGUUUGCUUUGUAAGGCUGUCACAGCUAUUUACUAAGUUGUGAGAUGUCAGGAUUUUACCAGGGAAUUUCAAAUUUUAUGAUAAAAUCACAGUGGCAACCAUAACUUAAAAAAAAAAAAAAUGGUCUACUUUGGCGGCAAAAAAUUAAAAUUUCCUGAUGAAUUCCUGAUUAACCCUGUGUAUCUAUCGCUCUGGAUCUCAUUGAAAGCUGUGUGGUUUGCAGACAAGCAAUCUGUCGCUAUGAAUAUGUGUGACAAUAUGUCUGUUUCAUUAGUGCUGUUCGAUAAUACAAUUACAGACAUUCCGCAGCAUGUGGUUUGAAGCUACGUUCUGUAUUUAUUGGAGACUAAAUGUUUUAAAGACUGCGUGAGAUCAAGACAGUCGUAAUAAAAAAAAUAAAAAAAUAAAAAAGGUCAGGUCACACAAGGUAAAGUAAAAAAGUAAAUAAAAGAGAGAAAGAGAGAAUAGGGAUAGCAGGUAUUCAAUACCACAAGACUGAAAAUCUGUUUCCUCUCUAACAUGCUACACCAUUUAUUUAUAUAUAUAUAUAUAUAUAUAUAUAUAUAUAUAUAUAUAUAUAUAUAUCUCUGAUGUUACAUGAUUUUUUGAAGUACAUGGUUUUUAUUUGCCGAUAUAUAUUGGUAAUCCAUUCCCAGAUCUGUAUUUAUAUUACAGCUAUUUGUUUAGGUAUGUGUCAUUGGUAACUGAAGUACAUGUAGACAUAUCUGUACCUGCCAAAGUGAAGUGAGUUGAAUAUUGACAUAUAAAUCGUAUUGGUAGUGUGGAAUAUAGGGCAUUUUGCAUCUAUUACUGGUUUGCAGGUGGAAUGUAUUUAUAAAGUUUGCCAUUUAAACUUUAUGCUGUAUAUAAAUGUAUUAAUAUUUUGUGUAAUGAAUGUUUAGUGUAAUAGAAGCAGAAUGAUUGUCUAAUUCUCUUUAGAUAAUGUGGUUAAAUUCUAUCCACUCAAAUGACAUGAUCCAGGUUAAAAAAAAAUUUAGAUUAAAGGGACACUAUAGUCACCCAGACCACUUCAGUUCAAUGAAGUGGCCUGGGUGCCAGGUCCCUCUAGGGUUACCCCUGCCUGCUGUAAACAUAGCAGUUUCAGAGAAAGCCACUAGAGGCGCAUCUGCGAUGCUGGAGGCAUAUUAUGCCUCCACCAAGCAGAGCGUCCAUAGGAAAGCAUAGAAAAAUGCUUUCCUACAGACACUUUGAAUGCGCGCACGGCACUGCCGCGCAUUCCGCUCCGCUGACGUCAGACGAGGGAGCUGACGUCGGCGGGGGAGGAGAGGUAAGGGAGCCCGGCGGUGGAAGAAGGUGAGUAACUGAAGGGGUUUUAACCCCUUCAGCACCACGGGAGGGGGACCCUGAGGGUGGGGGCACCGAUUUGUUUUCCUGACACUAUGGUGAUCCUUUAAAGGAGAUUUCAAACGAUACAUCCAUGGGACUCCUUAUAAAAUCCAGUGGCCGCAGGGCGCAGGGGAGGUGAUUCUUUCUUAUCUCAAGCUGUCCGGCCCAGCGGUUGCCAUCUUCACGCAGCUGUUCUCUUUGUACUCCUAGCUGUGAGUUCUAUUGAGGACCCUAUGAGAAUGUGGGAUCCUCCAUAAACAGAGCCUAACGGCUGCUGGGAUGGGAAAAACGUUGACAACAGUCUUUUGUCAAAAAUCAGGCUUUACCAUAAGACAAAGUAGUCCCUGACGGCUUUGUCUUCAUGGUAUCUUUGGAUUUUGUUGGAAUUCCAAUGAAACUCCAACACAGUGUUAAUAAGUAUUUAAUAAAGCAUAUAUCUUUAUAAAAUACCGAAAAGUUACAGAUCUGCUCUAACUGUCAACAAAAUAUAUGGUGACAUGGCUGCGUGAAUCCUAAGAUAUAUCUACACCAGGUGUGGCCUAUGGUUUGGAAGCCAUGUCAUUAGCCUAAUGACAGAAAUCGUUGAAACCAUGUUAUCAAACAACAUUUACAUUUUGCAACCACAUUUGACAUUUAAUGUGACCUCUGAGAUAAUAAUUUUCUGCCUUUAUUACACAAAAACAGACACACAUAUAUAAAUGUGUGUGUGUGUGUGCGCAUGUAUGUGUGUAUAUGUGUACAAUCCUAUAUAUUUUUCAACUAUUAACUAUAUAAACACUAAAUGUAGAUCCAGCACUCUACCUUUAACGGGACACUAUACUCACCAGUGCAACUACAUGUAUUCCUGACCCUAUAGUGUUAACACGACCAUCUAGCCCCCCUGGGCCCCUUAUGCCUCUAUGAAUAUAGUAAAAAUCUUACUGUAUUCAAGACUGAAGCUGUAAAUCUGCAUGCUGUUAGACUCAGGAAAAACAAGCAGUCUGCUGACAUGUGAUAGCCUGAUCCAAUUACAGUGCUUCCCCAUAGGAAAUGGCUGAGACUGACAAGGAGGCAGAUCAGGGGCAGAGCCAGCAUGAUUAAACACAGCCCUGGCCAACCAGCAUCUCCUCAUAGAGAUGAAUUGAAUCAAUGAAUCUCUAUGAGGAAAGUUCAGUGUCUGCAUGCAGUGGGAGGAGAUACUGAAUCCCAGGAUGCUCGUGCACAGCAGAUCUGAGUGGAUGGAGGCAUAUUAUGCCUCAAUCAACUCAGAAGUCCCUCUGGUUAACUCUGAGUGAUUGCAACUGGAGGUGUUCCUAGCUUUCAAUGUAAGGCUGCAGGGAGCAAUAGUCCUCACCUGAACAACCUCAUUAAGCUGAAGUUGUUCAGGUGACUAUAGUGAAAAUAAACAUUCCGAGGUGCAGAACACUGCAAUUAUAUACAGAAUAGGUGCACUCAAGACUUUUUUGAAGUAUAUAUUUUUAGUGAAACAAAAGUUUACAUCCAAUCGACAUUUUGGCCCCACCUGGGCCUUUUACAAGAUUUAUCUAAUAUAUCUAUAUUAUAUGCUUGCACAUGCAGACCUAAAACAAUAUCCCUAUACAUCCAAGAUAAAACUUGGUAUGUUCUACCCUUAUCACACUUUAUAGAGCAGUUAGCUAAUUUGCAUUUUGUAUUGCUAAUGUAAAAUAUAUUUCUGAUGCUUGAUCCAUUAAAGGACCACUAUAGGCACCCAGACCACUUCAGCUUAAGGGUUAACCCUUUUUUUCUAUAAACAUAGCAGCUUCAGAGAAACUGCUAUGUUAAUAAUAGGGUUAAUCCAGCCUCUAGUGGCUGUCUCUUGACAGCCGCUAGAGGCGCUUGCGUGCUUCUCAAUGUGAUUUUCACAGUGAGAAGACGCCAGCGUCCAUAGGAAAGCAUUGUAAAUGCUUUCCUAUGAGACUGGCUGAAUGCGCCCGCGGCUCUUGCCGCGCAUGCGCAUUCAGGCGAAGAGGAGGAGGAGAGCUCCCCGCCCGGCGCUGGAGAAAGAGGUAAGUUUAAUCCCUUCCUCUCCCCAGAGCCCGGCGGGAGGGGGACCCUGAGGGUGGGGGCACCUUCAGGGCACUAUAGUGCCAGGAAAACGAGUAUGUUUUCCUGGCACUAUAGUGGUCCUUUAAUACACAGUAUGUUACUCUACAAUAGAUUGUUCUUUGCUGAAGUGUUUACUCAUCCAUAGCUCCAUAGCGCUUCCAGCACUAACAUAGUAUCCUGACGCUAUCACUUAUCAACAACAUUGUAUGCUGGACUGAAAUUCUGUCUUCAUAGCUCUGUUAAAAUUAUAGACUGAUCAUUUCUUUGUCAGUUGGCAAACGUUCAAAAUUAGCAGGGGAAAAAAUACUUUUUUCCUCACUGUAAGUAGUCAAACCAUUUUUAAGAAUAGAUUGACUUGUUACCUGGGCUUAGCUCAUUGGCUGAGAGUGAUGCAUCGAUGCGAGAAUGGGAUUAGUGGAGGUAGGGAAUGGUGCCGGUUGAAGCCAGUCAUAGGAGUCAAACCGUUCUGAAAUAGUUUGACUACCUACUAUUGGGGAGGUGCCAGGGCACUCAAAUUCAGUAGUAGUAGUGAUGAUGCUUGGAGUGUUCCUUUAAAAUAUUUUUGACAGCUUGCCUUACCCCUUAAUAGUGCCUAAAACUGACUGUUUUCCAGCAUGCACUUGUCCUCCUGACGGGCUGCUCUGCAUCCUUGUAACUUGUUUUAUAGAAUAAUUGAUGUGUUAAAGUGGAACUUUCACCAUCUGUGGACUUUACAUAAUUUCCAAAGACUCCCAAUGGUGACAUUGCAGCUUGAGGUCCAUUGGCUGUGGGAGACAGGUAAAGGUGAGUUCUACUUACCUGAACCUGUCCUUCACAGAUGCGCCAUCCUCUUUCGGCGGAUAUUUUUCUGCUCCUGGCACUUCAGUGUCAGGAAACAUAAUCACUGCUGUACUCUCAUGCAUAAGUGUAAGUACAGUAUUGAGGUCUAUGGAGGAUUAUGCAAGACCGUGGGAUCCUCCACAGAUAGAGCCGCCGUCACUGGACACAUCUGGGGUACUGACACUUCUUGAUGGUAGCGUCAGGUGUAGGAAAAAUACAUAGGACAAAAUAACCCCUGCUUUGUCUUAUGUAUUUGGCUAGAAAAAUAAAGGCUGAGUAGGAAAAGAAAGAGAUAAGGAAGCGAUUUAAAAAAAAGUAAAUAUGACAUGACAGUGCUACUUUGAUAAGUUUUGGCUCUCCUUUAAAAUGGUAGACAGAAAUCUAUAAUUGAAAUAUCUUAAAAUAUACAAACGCCGAUCUUUUUAUUCAUAUAGCAUUGAGAAUAGAAUAUACAUGCUUGCCAAAUACAGCAUAUAGAAAUUGUCUUUACUUUUCCAUUAGACACUUAAGACAUUGAAUAGUUUAGAACUUUAGAAACGGAUACAUGAUCUGUUUACAUUGUAACAGGAACCUGUUUUCUGCAUAUUACAUGAGACUCUAUUUGCUUACACCUAUAUAUAUAUAUAAGAAACACAAACAUAAAAUAUAUAUGCAUUGACUGUGAUAUAAGUGGCAGCUUUUAUGUUUUCUGUUGCUUAUACUUUACUGCAUUUAUAAAGAUAAUAUAAAUAUCUUAAAAUACUUAAAAGCUAUAUGGAUUUAGAAAAAAGGCUGGGAUAACUGGGAAAUUAGAUAAUCCUAUAUAUUUUCCACUAUUAGCUACUUAACUACGAGUUCACUUCCAGUUAUUUAGUAGAUAUUGUGGAGUCACCGUACAAUUGCUAAAAUACAAGUAAAUCCAUUUUUCCAAGAUGCUGCUGCUGGUUUAAGCCAAAAAAACAGGUGCUGUUGGUUUUUUUGGUUGUUGUUUUUUUUGUUUUAUUUUGCGUAGCUCAAAGCCACAUUGUAACAUUUAAAUGGACCAGUCACCUGCCGAAACAAAACCUUUUUUCUUAAUCUUGUAUAAGCCAUAAACUGUCUGCAUGUGAAUAGCUUUUUAACUUCUGCAAAGGAUUCCCACAACAGGCCAGGGCCAUUGUAAUCCUCACCCUCGGGCCUGUCGUGCUCUGCCAUCCAGGGGACAUGCUGGACCACCAUAGCACCUGGUACGCUUCGUCCAGCCACAGUUCCACACUCAUCCAGGGGCUAUUCUCCAGGAGAGGCAUCCACAGCGCCACCCGAUUCUGCACUCUCUGCUCCGGGCUUGGAAGCCUGCUCCCCUGCAGCUUGGCUUGGGUCCCGUCCCUUCCACCCUGGACCAACACCUGGCACUAUCUCCCAGUGAGAAGACCUCUCCUCCAAGAGAGUAUAACAAUCCAAAGCGUAGUAUAGCAAUUCCUUUCACACAUGAGCCAAGGCUUAAUGCUGGUAAGUAGUCUGUUUAAUGGAAGCACAGUCACAGAAUUUAUACAAGUUACAAACUCCUCCUGAGAGAUAAUUGAGUCAGGAACUGUACUAACUCAUUUAUCUCCAAGUAAAGAAAAAACUAUUUUUUCAGACACCCCAAAAGUACCCCCCAAAACACAUGAAAACCUCACAAAAGGUUACAUCCCCUGAUAGCCCCGAUCUGCAUGACCAUAUCCAAAAAUCACCCAGAUCGGUUCAGGGGUUUUGGGAUUUCUAUGGAAGUCAUAACAAACUACUGAACGUAGGUAGUAGUCCUACUAUGGAGCUUGUUCCCCUUAUCCAGGCGAACGAUUCCACCAAACAGUGCCCUUCUAGGUGGUGUAGAAUCCGAACGCAGGUGAUGAUGGAAGUCUAGCAGUGUUCAGGAGUUUUUGUGUCUGAUUUGACUUCCAUGAAGUCGACGACCAAACACCGCUGCCUGCGUUCAUGCAAACAAGAUGGCCGCCACCUCGUGGUCGUUCAGACGAACAAUUAGAACACUGCGGUUAGAAUCGUUAAGAGGUGAUGAUAGGGCUUAACAAGCUCCCGAGUGGUCCAUAGUUGGUGCGCAUGUACUGUUCCCGAACAGCAUAGGAAAAUAGCACGAACUAAGUCAGGCUUUUGACAGGCUUUUUGCAGGGCCCAUAGUCUUUGGGCAGGAGGCUAGCCAGCAGGCCCCUCCAGAAAAACGUGGCAGAGGCAUUUCUUUUUUAUGGUGCUAGUCCUAAACAUAGCUGAUAUUGCCCUAUUUUACUCAGAGCCUUCAUGCUUGGCGUUCAGGCUCCAGGUGAACUACUGCUGGCCAAGUAUUGUUAAAGAGACACUAUACUCUCCAAAACAACUUUAGCUUAAAUGACCAUUAUAGUGCCAGGAAAACAAACUCUUUGGGUCCCUUUCCUGCCGGGCUGUAGGAGGAGGAAGGGGUUAAACACAUACUCGUCUCCAGCGCCGGGCUCCCUCGGCACUGGGGACUCUCCUCAUCCUGCCGACAUCAUCCGCCAAAUGCACAUGCGCAGUAAGAGCCGCACGCGCAUUCAAUCAGUCCAUAGGAAAGCAUUUCUCAAUGCUUUCCUAUGGACGGCAGCGUCUUCUCACUGUGAAAAUCACAGUGAGAAGCGCGGAAGCGCCUCUAGCGGCUGUCAUUGAGACAGCCACUAGAGGCUGGAUUAACCCUAGUGUAAACAUAGCAGUUUCUCUGAAACUGCUAUGUUUACAGCUGCAGGGUUAACCCUAGAUGGACCUGGCACCCAGACCACUUCAUUGAGCUGAAGUGGUCUGGGUGCCUAUAGUGGUCCUUUAAUGAAGCAGUUUUGGUGUAUAGAUCAUGCCCCUGCAGUCUUCACUACUAGCAGUUUAAGCAAUAUGUUUGCAGUCAGUAUGUUAAUCUGCCAUGUUUAAAUUUGUGUGGAACUCACCCAUAUUGGGAUACUGUGAAAUAGUGGUGGGCUUAACACAAUAUGGCAGUUUGAUGUAACUGAAUCCCCAUAUUUGUUUAAUAAGAUAAUUGAUUUUAAGUAGCCUCAUAAAAUUUAAAACUGUAUUUUUUUUUGUGUGUGUGCGCUGUUUCUUAAUCUGUAUUUUGUAUAUUUAGGUCUUUACGCAACACCACUACUGAGAAGUGUAUGUACUGGGUGUGCUCCCAAUAACCCUUUUAUCUAUUUUUACUGCACGUGGUAAACUGAUAGUCCACUCUAAUUUAUUUAAAAUGCAGAGGUCCAUCAAAUUUUAAGUAAGUCUACUGCUUUUGCCUGAAACACACCUUGUAGUGGACAGAUGACAAUAGAAUAAGCCAACUCAGCCAGAUAAAAAAAAAAGUAACAUUGUCUCCAAAAAUAAAUAAAUAUCUUUAAAAAAUAUAUAGAGCUUGAGUGAAGAUUUGAUGACAUUUGUCCUUUAAAUGCAAUCUUGUACAGGCAUGAAAUACAGCCCCGUCCAUUUUCAUGCCAAGAUAGAUGGGUUAAUUCUAGCCUGAAUUUUUUAAAUCACCUGGUCAAUUCCUGAAUAUUAUUUUACUGAAUAUAAUCAAAUCUGUUUGUGAAAAACAAAAUGUAAUUAGAUUUUAUCAGAGAGGUAAUUGGUUUGUUUCCUUUUUUUAGAAGUGGGCGUUUUUUGGUUAUUUGUUGUUUUUAGAUCUGUCGAGAUCAAUUUAAGAGUUUUAUUCACAAAAUAUCCAUAUUUAAAGGGACACCCCACUGCCCAAAACAAAUCCUGUUUAGUAAAUAUACCCCAAAUUAAAAUAUAUGUGCACUUAAUUAUGGUGUUUUAUUUUUCUUGCUUGGGGUAUAUCUAAACACAGCUUCCAAAAGCUGCAGAACUCCUGUCUUCUGCCUUUGCAAGCCCUCCCCUUCUUCCCCAGCCCAGAUGUUGCAAGGCAAGGCUGUUGCUGCCUCUUCAGUUUAGCUCCACUGAGCUAAACAAACAAGGAAGUAACAUGACCUGUUGUCUGACUGACAGCCACGGAUGUGUAACAAAGUUAAAUUAUAAAAGUGCCAAUUUCUAUGGAAAUCUACACGUUCUAUAAAAUGAAAAAAUAGGACUCACUCUUCACACAUAGAGCAUUUCAGCAAGCUAAAGUACUUUAGGAGUACAAAGUGUCCCUUUAAUAUAAGACCAAGCAUAUUUUUGAAGCUAUGCUAUCUGGUUUUUGAAAUAUGUCUGGAACUAGAUUUUAUUAUUAUGUAUUAUUGUGUUAUUAUUGAUUUAUUAUUACUUAACAUUGUAUUCAUGUCCUGUUGUUGGACUGUAUGCAAACCCAAAAUGCUGUCAUUAUGCCUACGAGCAUAUUGUGCAAAUAACUGUCACACUCCUUUAAAUUGCAUAAUACCAAUCCCAUUGCAUUCUUCACCUUAGCAUUUAGGUGAGGUUGAACCACCGCAAGCAUUUGUGAAAUACCGUUCGUGUGUGAAAAAUGCAAAAAACUUCACUUUUACUGAAAAUAUCAUUGUUGUAAUACAAUUUACCAUUUUAAAACACUAAUAUUUGUGUACAGCGAAGUCUCCCGAGUAAAACAGUAUGCCCCAUGUGCAGGUUUUAUGGUGUCUUGGAAAGUUACAGGGUUAAUUAUAGUGCUUGUGAAUGAAAUUCUCUGCACUUUCUGCCAGGGUUGUCAGGCACGUCAAUCAAAUUUUAAUUAAUACAAUCACAUAUGUAGGUCAAAAGAUUACUUAAAUAUACACAUAGAAUUUUAAUAUAUAUACAUAUAUAUGUAUUUAAAUUCUACGUGUAUACCUAUGUAAUCAUUUAUGUAAUAUAUAUGUUUAUAUAUAUAUAUAUAUAUAUUUGCGAUUAUUCGUAUUUUGUAUAUAGAUAGAUAUAUAGAGAAUGUCAUUCUAAGUGUAUUUUGUUACAUAUAUAUAUGUAUACAUAUUAAUAACAAAAUACAGUUAGAAUGACAUUACAUAUGUAUAUAUAAUUUAUUUUAAUUUUUUUUAAAUAUUUUAUUUAUUUAUUUUCAUUAUUUAUUUAUUUAUUAUUGUAAUUAUAAGUAAAUAUAUACAUAUAAAAAUAUAUAUGUAUUUUAUAUAUAUAUAUAUUUAAAAUAUAUAUGUAUUUUAUAUAUAUAUAUAUAUAUAUAUAUAUAUAUAAAUAUAUCGUAUGUAUGUAACUUCAUUCUAAGUGUAUUGUAAUACUAAAAUAUGUUAUUAUAUUAACAUUAAAAUACACUAGUAUGACGUUACAUUUAUAUAUAUAAGAUGUGUAUAUAUAUAUAUAAUAUAUAUAUAUAUAUAUAUAUAUUAUAUAUAUACAUAUAUAUAUAUAUAUAUACUUUUAUUUUAUUUUAAACAUGUUUAAUUUUUUUUAUACUUCCCACCAGCAGGUGAACUGUCUGACAGCCCAGACAGUCCCCCUGCUGGCAGAUCCACAGCCAGCUUUAGGGGGCCAUGUGAUCUCUCUUUGAGAGCAGUCACAUGGCCCCUGGGGGCCUGAUUUGCCAUGGGAGGACUGCCUGGGCUGUCAGGCAGUCCUCCCAAAGAGGAUUGCGACGGAGGUAAGUACCGCGGUCCUCCAGGGGCUGAAAGUCUUUACGGCGUUCUAUGCCGCCGCAACGGCUUUAAAGCCCAUCAGCAGGUGAUACCCCUCUAGACACUGGGAGCACAGGGUCCAUGUCUGGAUUACCUUUUUAACUUGGGGAGAGACAAAUAAGUGCAUAAAAAACCCCCCAAAGAAUAUGAGAACAUUGUGAAUAGACAAAAGUUUAAAGAGACUCAGUAGCUAGCCCUUUUGUAAAUCUCCACUCAGGUCUCAAAAAAUGUUUUUACUCACUUUUGCCAUUACAGAGAAAACAAGUUCCAUAGCAUUUUAGACUGAUCCCAUGAAUAAGGACAGUCCAGAACUGAAAUGCCAGCAACUUUUGUCUGCACAAGAGAUAGAGCAACCCCGGAUGAUCGUUUUCACCUUCUUUGGGCCUCGUCAGUGAGUUGUAGCUGAUAUCCCUCUAUGUACAGUGGGCACAGGGUCCCCAUCUGUAAUACCCUUUUAACUUGGGGAGAGCAAAGUUAGUGCAACAAAAACAAACAAUAUGAGAACUCUGAGAAUGGCUAAAAGCUUAGAGAAACCUAGUAGCUUACCCUUCGGUAAAUCCCCACUUAGGUCUCAAAAAGGUUUUGCUUCCUUGUGCCAUUACAGAGAGUAUCAGCUCUAAGGCUUAUCAGAUCGUCUAUAAGGGCAGUCCAGAAACCGAAAUGCCAGCAAGUUCUGCACGAGAUAUUCAGCAACCUCGGACGAUUGUUUUGACCUUCUAUGGGCCUUGUCAAUACUUAAAUGUUGUUGCUUUCUGUUUAAAAAAAACAAACAAAGUAAACCAUUGUCUUAAAAUGAUUAUGAAGAUUAUGAAAAUAGGAGAGGGAUAGAAACAGAAUAUCGAGUUGCUAUUAGAGGCUGGGGGGUAACCCAUGAUGAAUAAUAGUUCCAAAUAGAGAGAAAGAAAGAGAAAUACAGAGAAGCCUAAGGGAUACAAUGUGUCAGUCCCACGGGCUUCUGAUAUAUAGAUAGCAACCCUAGAAUAAAACCCAACUUUUAAUAGGUAGUCUUAAAAAUACAACCAAUAUAUACACAAUAGGAAAGGAAAACAGCCACAGGCUGUAUAAAUCGAAACAAACCUAUGGACAGAAUAACGGACUGAUAAACAAGGGGAGAAAAAAGAAAAGGAAAAAACUACAUAUGGAGUCUAGUAUACCACCUAGACUGAAUAAAUGAAUGGAGUUGUUAGUAGUGCAGGGAUAGUAGACACUGGAUACAAAAUAGCCAAAAUCUCCAGAAUGAGGGGUCUCCCUGCUUCUAACUGCCAAUGUAAUGCUACUGAGUCAAAUCCCCUGAGUCCCAUAAGUCCGCUGUCCACUAAGUAAGAAAAUAAAUAAAUCAAAUAACAUGUUGAAAAAAAUUCGCUAGUAAGAUACAAAGAAAGAAUAAGUAAAAAAUAAAUAAACAUAAAGGGUGGUCGAUGUGGAGCUAAAAAAAAGUAUAUCACAGCUGCAGCAUCGUCCCUGUCUAUCUCCACCACCCUCUAUGAUAACUAGUCCCGAUGCGCGUUUCGCCUGAACUGGCUCUUCAAAGGGACUACCUAUUAAAAGUUAGGUUUUAUUCUAGGGUUGCUAUCUAUACAUCAGAAGCCCGUGGGACUGACACAUUGUAUCCCUUAGGCUUCUCUGUAUUUCUCUUUCUUUCUCUCUAUUUGGAACUAUUGUCUUAAAAUGCCACUGUCAGUGUAUCCCACUGUCAAUGUAAAACCUCUUCAGCAAAAAUGAUACAUUUGUAAAAAAAUAAAUUAAACUCUAUGUUUGUUGGUUAUGAUUGGUUUCUGUAACAACUGGUGACUGACUGCAGUACUUUGUUAAAGGGACACUAUAGUCGCCUGAACAACUUUAGCUUAAUGAAGCAGUUUUGGUGUAUAGAACAUGCCCCUGCAGCCUCACUGCUCAAUCCUCUGCUAUUUAGGAGUUAAAUCCCUUUGUUUAUGAACCCUAGUCACACCUCCCUGCAUGUGACUUGCAAAGCCUUCCAUAAACACUUCCUGUAAAGAGAGCCCUAUUUAGGCUUUCUUUAUUGCAAGUUCUGUUUAAUUAAGAUUUUCCCCUGCUAUGCCAAUAGCUUGCAAGACCCUGCAAGAGCCUCCUGUAUGUGAUUAAAGUUUAAUUUAGAGAUUGAGAUACAAUUAUUUAAGGUAAAUUACAUCUGUUUGAAAGUGAAACCAGUUUUUUUUUCAUGCAGGCUCUGUCAAUCAUAGCCAGGGGAGGUGUGGCUAGGGCUGCAUAAACAGAAACAAAGUGAUUUAACUCCUAAAUGACAGUGAAUUGAGCAGUGAAAUUGCAGGGGAAUGAUCUAUACACUAAAACUGCUUUAUUUAGCUAAAGUAAUUUAGGUGACUAUAGUGUUCCUUUAAAUCAGGAUUUGUGGUGAGUGGAGCUAAACAUUUAGAACCAUAUAGCAGGUAGGAAAUAUUGACUGCAGAUUUUGCUAUGUUUGCCAAAAUGUUGCAAUUCGGUCCAUGUUGAAAUAUUGCAGUAGUGAAAAUAGAUAAAGAUGGGAGUCAGAUGGAAGUCAUAUCUAUGCCUUUGUAAGGCUAACUUGAGGCCAUGCUGAUCCAUUACUUUAAAAACUAUCACAUUUUACAAAUAUGUGCUUAUCCCAUUUUAACCUGUUUUGUAUGCAGUGUUUGUUACUGAAUCUGCAAUACAUUAUUAAAUACUAAACUUGUUUUUCCUUUAAGUUCUUUAUUUAUGCUGUGCAUGAAGUACAGAAUAUGCCUACAACGCAACAACAGCAUGCAUAGGCACAGUAAAUUCAAACAAUUAGAUACAUGUGUGGCAUAAGAAACAUAGCACAUUUUUGAUUUGUAACAGUGGUCUGGUUAAGUUUGUCAGUCAUGUCUAAGAGCAUAAUAAUACAAAGGCUGCGUCAAAGCUGGGAAGAAAUUAGACAUGAUGAUUGUUAGUUAUAGUCAGAUGUCAGAGAUAUGUCAGCAGUUGGGUGACUUUACAAUAGAGAUUCAUCAGGCUCGCAUGCUGACACUAUGGGUGAUCAAAAUAAUAUGGUCAAGAUUGGCAUGCUAAAAAUAUGUCAAAAGAUCCUCGAUAGAGGAAAGCAGCCUCUUCAAGCUUGGAGAGUCCUGCCGUGUUGUCAGGCUGAAUAAUGAGGGUUCAAGUUUCUGUAAAGUAGGUAAUAAUUACGAUUUUGCACGAAGCUCUUGCCGUGUGUGGCUGCUCCGCUAGGCAGUCAGGCCCCUCCUCCCCACUAAACUUAUUUUAAAGGAAAACUUUAACGUUAAAAAUAUAUUUGUUUGGGGGGCGUGUCUUGGCCACCAUCUUAGAUGGCCACGUUAUAGAGAGGCUCCUGGAUAAGGGGGACAACUUUGUACCAAAAGUGCCAAUUUUAAUUUGAAUGGAACAAUUUUGAGUGAAGAUACAAGAAGCAAUAUCAGCACUGAUCAUGCAGAAACAAAAGAAAAAUGAAAAAUCCGUUCCUGGGACGAAGAAAAUGGAAGCAGGAGCGGCUGGGGUGAGUAAGGGUUCCCAGGCUCGCUCCCCUGCUUCCAAACCCGCCUCGCGGCUUGUUUCGCCGCUUAAACUUUCGUUGGUGGCGUCGGGGAAAUCCCUCCCUACCUCCCUCCCGGUCUCCCUCCCCAGAACUUAUGCUUGUGCGGCCGCGACCCGUCCGCAACUUCCUGAGGGCGGCGGGACCGCGACCGCACUAGCCGGCACUCCUGUGUGCGGCUCAGAGUGCUCCGAGCACUCGGCAUGCUCGGAGCACAGUGCUGUGUCUCCCGCGAGCGGCAAGGACCUCCCUGCAAGCCGCUCGCGGUCUCACUCCAGGGCAGCCCGGUCGCUCACUUACAAAAGCGACCGGGCUGCUAGUAAAGGGGAGGGCAGUGUGAGGUCACGCUCCCCGUCGGGAUCCUCAGCCUCCAGGCUGUCGGUCCCGGCGGGGGGGGCCUCUGCUGUCCGACCCAAAGUAUUUAAAGGGGCAGCAAGGGCUACAAUAAGCCCAGAUGAUAAUUCAAUGGAAAUAGGGGCUGAAGUGCUCAAAAAAAGUGCCUUCUCUGCACUACCACAGAGAACACGUUAUGUUGCCACAACAAAGAUGGCUGACAGUCCGGAUACUGUAUUUUCCACUUCCAAGAUGGCCGCUGCCACCUCCAAUAUGGCUACUACCACAUUUAAAGCUGCGACCUAUAAUCCUAAUAUGCCACUUGAAUUGGCAGCAGACCUGCCACCGUCAGCUGGCAUGAUAAUUCAACUUAUCAAAGAUUUGAGAGUUGAUUUGAAAAAUGACUUUAAAAAUGACUUUGACACAUUAUAUGGAGCCAUGGAGGGCAUUAAUCAGCGUACAGAAAUAAUAGAGAAUAAAUUGCACUCUCAAGAGCAAUCUCAUCUGGAUCUGGUUGAAACCGUAAAAGAGCUCCAAAAGCAAGUGCACCAACAAGCAGAAAAGCUUGCCGACGCUGAAGAUAGAAGUAGGCGUAAUAACCUAAGGAUCAGGGGGAUCCCAGAUAAUAUCGACUCCCAGGAUUUACAAAGCUAUUUCCAGACAAUGGUGAAGUCAGCUCUACCAAACGCAAAAAAUACGGAUUUAUUACUGGAUCGCAUUCAUAGAUUGCCCAAACCCAGCAAUGCUCCUCCAGCUGCACCCAAAGACGUGAUAGUGAGAUUCCACUACUAUCACAUUAAAGAAGAAUUUCUAGGUGCAGUACGCACGUCAGGUCUCGCAGGAGAUUACAGCAGCAUGAAGGUCUUUCAAGACUUUUCUGCUCAAACAAUGAAGCGACGCAGGGAAUUUCAACUUUUUACUGCGGAGCUAAGACGAAGAGGGAUAAGAUAUAGAUGGGGAUUCCCGGUUAAAGUCCUUUUCCGCAUGGAUGGUCGGAAUUUUAUAGUCACGUCGCCUGAAGAAGGAAUGGAACUCAUCAAUACUAUGAAUGGACGUCAGGUUUCGCCUCAUAGACUCUCGCCAUCUACUCCUGUUCAGGCCAGCAAGAGAAGCAAAUCGGACACCUCCUGAGAUCCCAGCCCAAAGAGGCAUAGUUUUCCUUUUCUAUGGUCAUCAUCGAGUCCUGCUCCAGUCCGGCGAUUUAUCGGGAUUACUUUGAAUUUUGAUUUGUUUCUCCUUUUUAUGACAGACUUCUGAGUUCUUCCACUAACGGUUAUUUGUCCUGUGCCUUUUCGGUUUAUUUUAGAAACCGAUCUUUCUAUUUAAAACUUUCUAAACUUAUACAAUCAAAAUAUUUUUUAUUUAAUUAAUUUUUUUUUUUAUAUAAUUUCAUAUUUAUUUAAUUUUAUAAUUUUUUUUAAUUUUUUUUUUUUUUUUAUUGUUCUGUGCUUUUUACCUUUUCAAUUGUCAUACUUGAAAAGUUGCUUUUUGAUUUUUACUACCUAUAUUAGCUCCCCCUGCACCCGGUAGCCUUCUCUCCCCCCAACCUGGGCCUAACACCCUGAGAUGGAGAAACUUUUUUUGUUCUCCCUCAUGGCCCUCUUUCACUGUUUUUGUUUUACCCCUGAUAGGGGUAUAUAUCCAAGUUUUUUGUUCCCCUUUUUUAUUCUUUUAUAUUUUUUGUCCAUUCAUCAUUUAAAGUUCAGUAGAAAUGUUUUUAGACCACGAAACACUGCAAUGCUUCAUACAAAAAUGCAUAAUACAUGGCAUCUGCAAAUUGUAAACAUCUGUUUACUCAUUAUUCCUGUACACACAAGUACACAGCUUGAGUUUGCUUUAAUAGCUUUGUUGGACUUGCAUGUUUCUCUCUUGGAAGGUGGUGGCUGGGACUCUCACAAGAUUGAAUGUUCCUUUACCCUUUAUCAGGUAUAUAAACCAUGGUCUUAAAAUAUAUGUCAUUUAAUGUGAGAGGCCUGAACACCGCCCACAAGAGACGAUUAUUAUUCAAAGAAGCAAAAUCCAACAAAUCAGAUGUGCUUUGUGUACAGGAAACACAUUUUAAAGAUGAUAAAGACCAUAAAAUCAUGUCAAAGCUUUUCCCAGUUCAAUACCAUUGCACUUAUAAAUCCAAGUCUAGAGGUACAUCGAUUUUUUUUCACAGGAAUGUAGCAUGCUUGACAAACAAAGUUAUAAAGGAUGAUGACGGGAGGUAUUUAAUAUGGAUAGGAUCACUUAAUACUAUUGAAUAUACUAUUGUGAACAUGUAUUUUCCAAACACCGGUCAGUUGCAGUUUUUUAGGAAAUUGAUGGACUUAGUGAAUGAGAAUGUGAGAGGCAACUUGGUAAUGUGUGGUGACACGAAUUUUGUGAUGGAUGGAGAGUUGGAUAACGCUAGGGAAGACCGUGAUCGACAGCUUAGAGGGGACAGUGACAGAUUAGCGUAUAAAUGUUCCAGAUAUAUGAUUGAAUGUGGCUUAUACGAUCCUUGGAGAUUGUUGCAUGAGAAUGAAAGAGAUUUUACGUAUUAUUCUGUCUCUAAAAAUAUGUAUUCCAGGCUGGACCGGUUUAUGGUCCAGGGUGCUUUAAUUCCGCACAUCUUGAAAUCUGAUAUCUUAAACAUCAACUGGUCCGACCAUGCUCCAAUCAUAAUGCAUAUUGACGAAAUUGUCUCAUCAGCCCCUAACAGAACUUGGAAAUUAGGUGAUUAUUUGUUAAAUGAUGUUGUGAACAAGUCACUGACGGAGAAAGCUUUGUGUGAUUAUUUUUCAGAGAAUGCCUCGCCCGAGGUUCCUGACGAGGUGACUUGGAAUGCGCAUAAGGCUGUGUUAAGAGGUCAUUUUAUUUCUAGAGCGUCUUACCUGAAGAGAAUUAAUAGCAAUAAUUUAAGAACAUUGGAAAAAGAACUGUAUAAUUUGAACCAAGCUAAUAAAUUUGGUCCAUCGCCCUCCCUAUCAGCAAUGAUAGGAGAAAUUAAGGCUAAAAUCAACAAAAUUAAUUUAGAUCGUACAUCUCUAUGGUGAGACGUCUCAGGAAAACAUUUUACUUAAAAGGUAACAGGGCCUCAACUCUUUUGGCAUCCAAACUCCGGCAUGUGAAUGCCCAAUCAAAAAUAGCAUAUUUAAUUGAUGAUCAGGGGCAAAAAGUGUUUCAUCCAACUAGAAUUAGUGAUAUGUUCGCAGAGUAUUAUAGUAAACUUUAUAAUUUAGAAUGUAAUUUGGACCCCCCCCAGCCUUCUACAACAAUAAUUGAUAAAUUCUUAGACAGAGUGUCAUUGCCUCGGCUUUCUCCAGUACAUUUAGAAAGCUUAGAAUGUGAAAUAUCAGCAGCAGAGAUAGCUGAGGCAAUUAAACUUAUGCCAUCUGGAAAAGCCCCUGGUCCCGACGGAUUAACUAUUUUAUAUUAUAAAACUUUUCCAGAAAUUUUAAUUCCCCAUAUGACUAAAUUGUUCAAUUCCUAUAAGUCCGAGGGAAAGAUGCCAGAGGAGUCCUUGUGCGCACGAAUAGUCACUUUGCCAAAGCCAGGGAAAACUCCCGAUAGAUGCCCUAACUUUAGGCCCAUUUCUCUGAUUAAUAAUGACUCAAAGAUUUAUUCUAAAGUUCUCGCUAAUAGAUUAACCAAACUAAUCCCAUUGUUAAUUAAUAAAGAUCAAGUAGGUUUUGUGCAGAAUAGACAGGCGCCAGAUGGAACUAGAAGAUUCAUAAACUUGAUUCAGCACAUCAAUAUGACCAAAACGCCUUCUUUGCUUCUAUCUCUUGACGCUGAAAAAGCGUUUGACAGGAUACAUUGGGGAUAUUUAUGGAGAACAUUGGAUAGGUUCAACAUACCAUCAUCAUUUAUCACAGCAAUUAAGGCGUUAUAUUGUGCACCCUCCGCCCAUGUCUCAGCUUCUGGCUUCACAUCCAAAACUUUUUCCCUAACUAACGGGACGAGACAGGGGUGCCCUUUAUCUCCAAUUUUGUUUGUUUUAGCGAUAGAACCCCUGGCAGAACUGAUUAGGACAACCCCACAAAUUGUAGGAAUUGCAGUUAAAGAAUCCGUUCACAAAAUUGGUUUGUUUGCAGAUGAUAUAAUCCUAUCUAUCAAAAACCCAAAAGAAUCUUUGAGACACCUUAAGGAUAUUUUAACUCAAUUCGGUGAGAUAUCGUAUUACAAAUUAAAUGAGUCCAAAACUCAAGCCCUUCCGUUUCAUUUAAACAAUUUGGAAACCAUUGCCCUUAAGAAAUCAUAUUUAUUUGAUUGGAGAACUGAAUAUAUGGAAUAUCUUGGCAUUAAUUUAUGCAAAAAUUUGGUCAAUAUGCACAAUCAUAACCUGAGGAAAGCAUGGUCAGACCUACAAAAAGAGAUGGAGAGAUGGGGUGGGAUGGAGCUCUCAUGGCUGGGGAGGGUCGCAUCUAUUAAAAUGACGAUACUCCCCAAAAUUUUAUAUUUUUUUAGGACCAUUCCUCUGUCCAUUCCAUUAUCAUUUUUUAAUAAAGUUCAUUCGACAAUGUUGAAAUUUAUAUGGGGGAACAAGCCUGCCCGAGUGAGGCUCACUUCCCUGCAGCACCAUAAAUUGAACGGAGGUAUCGGUGUCCCCGAUAUCCGCAAAUAUUAUUUCGCCACUAAUGCUGCAGUGGUUGUGAGCUUUAACAACCAGGAUGAUAAACCCAGAUGGAUGGAGAUAGAGGAAUCAAAAAUUUCACCGGUUAGACUAUCAGAAUUACCUUGGUUAAAUCCUAAGAAAAGACCUGGAAUUACAAAAUUAUUUUUAUCCACUAGGACUACGCUUAAGGCCUGGGACAUUGUUUUUAAAAAUGACCAGUCUCCCAGUUUAUAUAGAGCAAUGCCUAUUGAAUUAUUGAAAGAUCAUAUACCAUCCUUAAAAAUAGAAUUAUUGAAGGAUUGCUCUAUAACUAAUCUGGACAAUUUUUUUUAUGGCAAUGCUAUUCUUUCUUUGGAAAAAUUGAAGCUUAAGUAUGGAUUGUCGAAUGCAUGUGAACUGGAAUGUAUGAUAAUCAUUGAUAAAUUGAAAGAACUAUACCAGGUACCUGAAACCGAUAAAAAUUAUAAAUCACUUGAGAUAUCUCCUUUAGAGAAAGUUAUUUUAUACAGCCCCGCUAGUAAAGGUAUGAUAUCCUUAUGUUACUUAUCUCAUAAUGCCAAGCCCUUAAUUAAAUUAAAACAUAUGCUGUCAUGGGAGACGGAGUUGGGUGCCCAGUACGAUUUAGAAGAAUGGUUCGGUUUCUUUACAGGUUUAAAAGGUAUUUCGUAUUGCACCGACCAUUUUGAAAAUCAUUAUAAAAUCUUAUAUCGCUGGUACCUGGCUCCGUCUAGAUUACAUAACAUGAACAAUAUGUAUUCUGACCGGUGUUGGAGAGACUGUGGGGGAGUGGGCAAUAUGGCUCAUAUCUGGUGGUUUUGCCCCAAGUUAAUUAAUUAUUGGAAAAUGAUCCACGAUCUGAUUAUUAAAGUGAACGGAACCAUUAGUAUCUUAACCUCGGAACUAGCCUUAUUUAAAAAACUCCCGGAGUCUGUUAAUAGAUCAGAUAAAAUAAUCAUAGGCCACAUUCUGAUCGCUGCUACAUCCUGUUUACCUAGACAUUGGAAGUCUCAAAAUGUGCCAUCUCUCAGAGAAGUUUUUAAUUUGAUUUUAGAAAAUAAGGCACAUGAACUAUCACACAGAGCCAAUAUGCAUGGUUUCCCAAUACUAAAAUACAACUGGGAUAAAUGGGAAGAAAAAAAUCAAAACAGUUUAUGGUCUUUGAUAUAUUUAUUGUUAAAGUGCAUUGUUGUAAAACAUUUUUCCUUUUGCCUUCUACUUUAAUAUGUUUAUUUCAUUGAUGGAUGGAUACCCCUUCCCAUUUCCAUGUUACCCCUCCUUUCCUACCCUUAAUACAAUGUUUGUAUUAUUAUCAUUUGUUAUACAAAAAAAAACUUUAAUAAAAAUUAUUUGAAAAAAAAAAUAUAUAUUUGUUUUAGAAUCAGGACCCAUAAUUGUCACGAUCUUCCAAUCCAAUGCUUGUCUAAGAAUUAUUAGCUGUAUUUGGCGUCUUCAUUAACAGUAGCCAGUGAAGAAGUCAUUAACAUUUACUAACCUUACAAAACUACCAACACUAAAAUGAUCCGUUAAUUUUAUGUUAGUAAACACAUUAAAACUAUCAUGGGAUACAAGAUGAAAAUCAGAAAAUGUUAUUGAUCUACUAUUGACAGAGGAUUGUAAGAAACCAUUAUUUUUGAAAUAUUACAGUUCUUAACUAUGGACCAUUUUAUCUAAAUACAAGUGAAUAUUAUGUUUUGUUUUGUUAUAAUUUUCUUGUAGAUAGCUUUUUUUUUUUCUUUUCUUUUUUUUACUGACAGGGGUUAAGAAAAAGACAGUGAUAUAAACAUGUAUGCUAUUGGUAUGUGGGAAUAUAACAGGCAUGUGUACGCAGUAUCCCAAUUUUUCUGUGGUGAAGUAAUUCCACCUUGUAUAUAUUUUUAAACUCCCUUUUCCAUAACUAUUUUAAGGUACUGGAGCCGUUGACUCAAGAGGUGAGAAAUGGAAGGAGGACAUUUCCGUGGACCCUCUCGUACCUUGCUGAAUUGCUCGAGUGAUGACCAGCUUUGCCGUAAGCAUAUUCAUUGUGCUCAGUUCAGAAACCUGUUAAUAAAGCAAGCAUUUUGUUAAAGGACCACUCUAGGCACCCAGACCACUUCAGCUUAAUUAGGUGGUCUGGGUGCCAGGUCCCUCUAGGAUUAACCCUUUUUUUUUUUAUAAACAUAGCAGUUUCAAAGAAACUGCUAUGUUUAUAAAUGGGUUAAUCCAGCCUCUAAAGCCUCUAGUGGCUGUCUCAUUGACAGCCGCUAGAGGCGUUUGCGUGAUUCUCACUGUGAAAAUCAGUGAGAAGACACAAGCGUCUAUAGACUGGCUGAAUGCGCGCGCAGCACACCCUCAGGGCACUAUAGUGCCAGGAAAACGAGUAUGUUUUACUGGCACUAUAGUGGUCCUUUAAGUUUUACAGGUCUAAUUAUUUUUCACGUGCCAGGUCACAUUUGAGCAUACAGUAUACUCACUGCCCUUCUUGCAAGAUCUCCAUACAUGAGCUUAAAAGAACUUUGGGUUGUUAUUUCAUUACAAGGGAAUGCAGACCCUGGCCUGCUAAAAAUCAUUGUAGUCUAGAUGGCUAAAUAUUACAAUAUCAUUUUUUAAUAGGUGGCUGUUGCCUGUUUAGUGACAGUUUAUAUUUUAAGUACAUGCAAUAACAAUUAUUUAGGCACAAUUAAAUAUACCUUAUUGAUUUUAAAGGAAUUUUGUCAUUAUAACAACUUCUUCUUCUCAUUGAAGUUGUUAUGGUGCCCAGAGUCCCACAGCACAGUCUUCCCUUUGAGUGUUGAACCCUUCUCAAACUGAUUCGAUACUAAACAUGAGUGCCUAGGCACAAGUCUCUCCCUCUGACACGCUCAGUCUAUCACAGGCUGGCAAGUAUGAGUAAAUGACAGAAUUGCAUAUUUAUCUGCUCACCUUGUGUGAAUACUGAUAAGCUGACAUUCUUAGCCAAUCACUGGCACCUCCUCACUAAUUAUGCUAAUGCUUACACACUAGCCUGCGCAACGAAAGAUAUCGGCACCUGAAGGCACAUCUUUAGUGUUAACCUGUUUGAGAUUGGUUUACCAUUUAAAACUAGGGGACUCCAGGCACCAUUACAAUGUAAUUGUAAUGAAGUUGUUAUGGUGCCUGAAGGAUUUAAAACCUCAAAUCCUCUUCCACAUUUUCUUAUAGCGACACAAUCUAAAUUAUUACAAAAUAUUUAUUAUUAAAUGAAUAAAAUCCUCUUCUAUAUUUUGAAGAUUAAAGGAGCACUAUAAGUCCAGCGUCUUACAGUGAAAAACGCGGAAGCACCUCUAGCGGCUGUCAAUGAGACAGCCAGUAGAGGCUGGAUUAACCCUCAGUGAAACAUAGCAGUUUCGCUGAAACUGCUAUGUUAUCAGCUGCAGGGUUAAAACUAGAGGAUCCUGGCACCCAAACCACUUAAUUGAGCUGAAGUGGUCUGGUGCCUAUAGUGGUCCUUUAAGAAAAAAAAAGUUACCCAUUUUUUUGUUUUAUGAAAAAUGAUUCUUGCCUACAGGUGGCUUCUUGGAGCAGGGGAUUCAGAAUAAAUUGUUACACACCAGUACAAAACAAAAUUACCUACUUAAUUGCUGGUCUAAUGAAUAACCAUAUCUGUGAUAGUGCAUGUCCAUUUGAUUGUUUAUAGUAUCCCUUUGGAAUCCUGUCAAUAGGAGAUUGCUACUCUGAUUGGGGAUUAGUGCCUUUAUUAAAUAGAAUCUGAGCAAUGUGAGAGUUUGCAAUUUUAUUUUAUUCUGGAGUACUAUGUAUUUAUAAAUAUCAAUAUAUUUUUUCCAGAACACAACUAUUCUAAGCCAUGAAUGCCAACAGUAGUAGCAAGAUAUUUUUAUAAUUGAACAAGCUAGCUUAUUGUAGCAAAGUAAAAUCAUUUUCUCAUGUCUGUAGGUGUCCAAACAUAUGAGCCUGAGGUGAUUAUCGUUCCCGUGUUAUUUGUUGGAGUCAGUGUGAUUCUGUUAGCAGCUAUAUUUUGUCUACAGUACCGAGCACGGAAACAACGAGAUCAUGAGAAACAAGGUAUGUUCUUUAAUCAUCCAUUUACCUCGUCUGAAACCAAUUCCACAUGUGAAAAUUCUCCCUUAUAAUUGACAGAGGUGCAAUCCAAUUAAAGUGUGUUUGACAUCUCAAAUGCAUGCUUUUCACUAAUAUCCAAAUAAUACAGAAGGUUUGUAUGUGCCAGUGAACAUUGAUUGUUAUGACACAGAGCCUGUAUACAUCUGUGCACUCAAUAAACUAUACAAGAAUGAAUGGGAGUGGCUUACAUAUACAAAAUGCAGGUGUCAUUGUCUUUAACUGAAGUCAGUGAAGGGUUGUAUGGCUGUACUGCGCAUGCAUUAGUCUAUAUCAUUAACUUGUAUGGGGAGACAAUACACAGCUUACAUGUGAAUAUUUAUCAAGGCCUGUGUCUAAGCCAAGAUCAUUGGUCACUGUAUGUGCAGUAAAAUGUGUGUAUAUGGUCAAGUGCCUACAUGACUCAUAUUAAUUAGGAAAAAGUACCAACCAACCCCUUCAUUUAAACAUGUGAAAUGAGGUAUGAUUUAAUAGGUGAGCUUGUGCUUAACAUCUUCUCUGACUAAGUAGGACUCCCUCCCCCUACCUCCCAUUAAAGGGACACUAUAGGCAUUUAGACCACUUCAGCUCAUUGAAGUGGUCUGGGUACAUAGCCCUAGGUCCCUUAAUACUGGAAAGAUAAUUAUUGCAGUUUUUAAUAAAAUGCAUUAAUUACCUUUGAGGGUUAACUCCACCUCUAGUGGCUGUCUAUCAGACAGCCACUAGUGGGACUUCCAGGUGGUAAGGCGACUUCUGGUCGCCUAAGUGUCACUAGACGUCUUCACGCUAUGCAUGAGGACAUCCAGCAUCAUGUAAAGCCAUAUAGGAAAGCAUUAUACAUGCUUUCCUAUAGGGAAAAUACUAAUACAAGCGCAGCCAUUGCCACACAUGCGCAUUAGGUCACCCCCGCUGGCUGACGUUACUGGGGAAGGAGUGGAGGCAGAGCCAGAGGGACAUUGGCGCUGGACUCAGUUAAGUGACAGAAGGGGUUUUGCGCUAUAGUUUCCCUUUAACUACAAUGUAAAGGGGUUCCCCAAAACUCUUAAUCUAGUGACCUGGAGAGUCCUGGAAUAAAAUACAUCAAAACCUUUAUGGUUCUUCUAUACAUGUUCUAUCUAUAUUUUGGCUUGGGGGUAUAUAUCUUCCAAAAACAGAAAAUAUAUUUUCCUACUAAUUAAAUUCAACUUCACCUCCUGCCAUCUAAAUCAGGCACCUGUGAAAGAUUAAAAAUACAUAAAAAAAUAUUCAAUGCAGCUUUCAAACAAUUUACAGAAACUAUCUGCAAUCAUGGAUUUGUGAGAAAAUUAAAGUUCGGCUUUAACACUAAGGUUCACAUCCGCUUUCUGUAAAGACAGCAGGUAAAUGUCUUUGUUCGUGACUCAAUAUCACAUUGAAAUCCCAGAAUUUCACCCUAAACUGACAAAUGUUGUGUUAAUUCACAUGCCAUUCAGAGUUUCCUAAAUGUCAAAAUGUUUAAGUGAAGGGUUUUGGAGAUUCACGGAUAUAUUUUUAGGUGGGGAUUAUAGUGCUCAGAAUAGUAAGCUCUCUAUAUAGUUUGACCAUUGCAUUCCCUUUAUUUCUUUGUGUUUUUACUUAUACAGUAACGCUGUGACAUGCAUGUCUGAUUGCUCCAGAGCCUCUAUGAAACUAUAAUAUCCAAUUCUGAACUAUUACUUUGAUGGUUAUUUUUUCCGUAUGACACGUUUCUAAUACAUAGACAUAGCUUCACCUCCCUUUUGUAUGAAACAAUUAACAAUGUCCUCUUUUUAAAAUCUAAUUCAUUUUUAUGUUCCCUCAGUAAUUUAAGCGAAAGUUUCACCUCCAGCCUACAAUGCCCACCUUUUUUUCUCUUCCCCCCAAAAAUAAUGGGUUACCUUCCUCAGUAAUCAUAUAUGAAAUAAAAAAAAACUUAUAUUAACAUAUGUUGCAAAAUAAGUCUUACAGUCAUAUUGCUUUUGAAACACAUCAUUCCCCAUAGGUGUAUGGUGGUUUUGCAAUAAUAUUUUGUUUAUGAAAAAAUGUAAAAUCCAGACGGUCAUUAUUUCUUUUACAAAUCAUUGAACGCCGAUAAUAAAAGAAAUACUACUUUAAUUUGAAGUUUGUACGAUGGCACUCAAAAUCUCGUCUUUAAUUGGUUAACUCCCGACACCUAAAAUUUAUAAGACUAUGCACCUGUAUCUGAUGAAAGGCUGUUAGAGGCACAUAUGUUCCAAUUAGCAGAGACAGAAAGUAAAAAGCAAACUGCAAAUUGUUAGUGACAAUGUGUUUAUUUUAAUAUCAGGAUGGUUGCCCUGGUAAUCUUUUGACCCUCAGUGGAGUCUCUCUGGGUUUUUGCUAUGUUUAUGAAGUCAGCCCUCUACUCCAUGCUACUUGCUACACAACUGAUCUAAUUCUUAAAUAUAUGGAAAUAGCGCCUGUGCAAUUCUAAUUGACUAUUAAAUAUACCUGUGGUUUAAUUUCAGUUUUGAUAAUAUCCUGAGAAAUAUGUUUUUCUUUACAAUUACUUAUUUGUGAAGCAAUUUUCCCUUACCUUUCUGCAUGUGUGGUCAUCACCGGAAUUGUAAGCAGUUGCCACUCUGGCCAAUAAUUGACAUAUGUCAGAAUGCAGCCCUCCAAUCACAAACCGUUACAGAUGUGGCCUACAACUGCUGGUUAACUAGAAUCCUGACACUGCAUAUAAUUUGCACGAUAUCAUUGUAGGACAGUGAUGAAUAAUCUUGGUGGUCCUUAUUUUGUAAAUAGAAUACAUGGAACCCGGCUAACAGAGUCAGUUAUACUACUGAGAAAAUGAUCAAAGGGCAUGAAUUAUAAAACAUAACAGGUAAUGGGAGUAAAAAGUCCCACUUACCCAUUUGAAAAACGAGACAAAAGGCUCAGGAACCCCCAAUCCUGGAAACAUCUGGGGGAAAAACAAACUAAAUUAGAUUAGUUAGGUUGGCUAGUUUCGGAUCCCCGGGUCCUUACCCAGAGGUCUAAAAAGCAUUACGAAGUUUAGUUUGACCUUUUACUUCUGUUUGUCUUUUUUCUAUUUGUGUCAAAUAAACUAAGUUUGGCCUUCUGAGCGCAUUUGUUUGUUUUUCCUCAGUCCCUACUUUGUCACAUGACAUCUUUAGUUUCCGUUGCUAUUUCAAUAAAAUUACAUCAAAACCAAUACUAGUAUUUCAUAAAUAUUUUAUGACAUACUAAGUGACAGAGCUACUGUGAAGUAGCCAAGUUGGGUAAAUGUCUAUUCAGCUGAUUUAGUAGCUAUAUUUUCAAUUUCAGCCUUGCCUCAACUCAAUACAAAGACACUGUUGUACUCUCUGUAUUUCUUUUUUUUAACCCCUUAAGGACCAAACUUCUGGAAUAAAAGGUAAUCAUGACAUGUCACACAUGUCAUGUGUCCUUAAGGGGUUAAACUUGAACAAAAAGCUGUUUCUUAUACAGGCAGCUAAGAUCUUGUUUGUUUGUUUUUUCACCCUCAUUCUCAAAUAUUAUACUUGUUAAGAUGAUCGAUGCCAUGUCUGUUGUAUAUACAGGGUGUAUGUAAACCCUGUGAAUAGGUUAGUUCUCAGAGCUUUUUAAGCCAGUUAGCCUUUUCAUUUUAACUAUAUGCAUCAAUUAAAGGCAGAAAUCCUGUUGAAUAAACAUUGUUAAACAAAACUGCUUGCAUUGUAAUUCAGAAAAUAUGUGUAUACAGGGUGCAGUCACAGUGGUGCACUUUGCAAUCAGUGUCCCCAAAUGCAUAGAGGGGAAACCUGUUCUGAGUGUAGCAAUGUGUAUACACUUUACAUUGGUUUCAUUACUAGAUGCCUCCUAUUUUUUUUUAAAAAAAUGUUUAAUAGGAGUGUUCAUUAUGCUUAAAAAUAACAUUACAUACUACUUUUGGGGGGGGGGGCUAUUGUGUAGCUUUUAAGAUAUUUUUCAUAGUAAUCUGAAAGUAAUGGCAUGUCUAAAUAAGCCCUUUUAAAAAAAAAUUAAACUGCUUGGUUACACAAUUAAAAGCACCACAUAUACAGUAAGGGGGGGGAAAGUAUUUGAUCCCCUGCUGAUUUUGUACGUUUAGCCACUGACAAAGAAAUGAUAAGUCUAUAAUUUUAAUGAUAGGUGUAUUUUAACAGUGAGAGACAGAAUAAAAAAAUAAAUAAAAAAUCCAGAAAAACAUAUGUCAAAAAAGUUAUAAAUUGAUUUGCAUAUCAAUGAGUGAAAUAAGUAUUUGAUCCCCUAUCCAUCAGCAAGAUUUCUGGCUCCCAGGUUCAUUUUAAACAGGUAACAAGCUGAGAUUAGGAACACUCUCUCUUAAACGGAGUGCUCCUAUUCUCAGCUCGUUACCUGUAUAAAAGACAUCUGUCCACAGAAGCAACCAAUUUAUCAGAUUCCAAACUCUCCACCAUGGCCAAGACCAAAGAGCUGUCCAAGGAUGUCAGUGACAAGAUUGUAGACAUACGCAAGGCUGGAAUGGGCUACAAGACCAUCGGCAAGCAGCUUGGGGAGAAGGUGACAACAGUUGGUGCAAUUAUUCGCAAAGGGAAGAAACACAAAAUAACUCUGUCUCCUUCGGUCUGAUGCUCCAUGCAAGAUCGCACCUUGUGGAGUUUCAGUGAUCAUGAGAACUGUGAGGAAUCAGCCCAGAACUACACAAGAGGAUCUUGUUAAUGAUCUCAAGGCAGCUGGGACCAUAGUCACCAAGAAAACAAUUGGUAACACACUACACCGUUAAGGACUGAAAUUCUGCAGCGCCCGCAAGGUACUGAUGCUCAAAGCACAUGUACAGGCCCGUCUGAAGUUUGCCAAUGAACCUCUGAAUGACUCAGAGGAGAACUGGGUGAAAGUGUUGUGGUCAGAUGAGACCAAAAUCGAGUUCUUUAGCACCUACUCAACUCAGCAGUGUUUGAAGGAGGAGCAACGUGCCCAUGGCCCCAAGAACACCAUCCCCACUGUCAAACAUGGAGGUGGAAACAUUAUGCUUUGGGGUGUAUUUCUGCUAAGUGGACAGGACAACUGCACCACAUCAAAGGGACUUGGAGAGAAUCUGCAAAGAGGAGUGGGAUAAAAUCCCUCCUGAGAUGGGUGCAAACCUAGUGGCCAACUGCAAAAAAAAGGUCAGACCUCUGUGAUUGCCAACCAGGGUUUUGCCACCAAGUACUAAGUUGAAGGGGUCAAAUACUUAUUUCACUGAUUGACAUGCUAAUCAAUUUAUAACUUUUUUGACAUGCAUUUUUCUGGAUUUUUUGUUUUGUUAUUGUGUCUCUGAUAAAAUACACCUACCAUUAAAAUUAUAGACUGAUCAUUUCUUUGUCAGUGGGCAAACGUUCAAAAUCAGCAGGGGAUCAAACACUAUUUCCCCUCACUGUACACUGUAAUAAAUAAGGAAUACCAGGUUUUUAAAAAUGUGGUUUUAUGAAAAACUAGGCACUUUAAGUGAGAUGAAGCCGUUACAUGGCCCAUGUUUGAGGGAGGGGGAAAGGCGGGGGGCACGAUAGCAACAUCUGUAGCCACUACUCUAUGUUUGGCAUGGAAGAAAACAAAGGUUAGAUUAUAAAGUUUACAAUGAUGUUGUAGAAUUACUGACUAGUUUACAUUUUCAUUGUAUUAUUAUUAUUGAUUAUUCUCUUUAACUCAGCAGAAACAUUUACUGAUUUGUAUCCUGCCCUGAUUUUGAUAUUAUCUGCAGAUGCACAAUCGCAACAAAGAUUAGGUCAUCAGACCUCAACAAUAUCUCUGGAGGAUUUGUCCUUGGAGUCUGUUUUGAGAACAAAAGAUGCCUCUCUCCAGACUUUGGAGACGCCAAGGGAAAAUAUUAGGAGACCUCUCCAGCUGGUUGGAGAAGGAAGGUUUGGUCCUAUCUACAGAACCGUGCUAAGAGACCCAGAAGGAGGACGAGAAAGAAACAUAAUCAUCAAGCAGUUAAGAGGUAAGACCAAUUCUAGAGAAAACGUUUUAAGGUGUUAGCUGCUAUAUUUAUAUAGUAUUUUACCAAUUUAUUGUUAAAAUGUUUUUAAAAAAUAACUUCUUCUGAUCCUGAUCCAGGUCACUGAUCCUGAGUGCAGAAUAUUUCAAUGUCUUAUAUUGAUAUAGCUAAAUAGCUUUUUGCUUAUCACAUCUUCUUUCCCUCUCCCUUUAGAUAUCGGCUCCUUUUAUAUGCCUCAUCCCUUUCAUUAUAGUCAUAAGAAACAUAGCUUGAGUUAAUAUUUUUAAUAUAUGCUUUUCAAAAAAAAAUUCAAAAUAUAAAAAUAUAGCAUAUGUCAGAAAAUAGAACAAUAUAUAAAAAAUAUUAAAAUACCUUUUAAAGUAUCCAAUCAUUUUAAAAGUUUUUUUUUUAAAUAUGAAAUCAUUUGAAAAAGUAUCCAAAAAUAUAAAAUUGAGACCAUAGUUAUUAAAAGUCUAGGGAAAUGUGGUUACUAGGAAUGACGAUUAACCAUAACACUGCAGAUGGUGAUGGAACAUACUUACCAUUCCCAACAUUCUAAGCUAGUUGUUUUAUGUAUAUGUGUCUGCAUACAGAAUUUGUAUACUUCUGUAUAAUGUGUGUACGAUGACCUGCAUAUAUGAUGUUGUGUGCAGAGAGCUAUGGGGCUGUAAGGGUAUGGAAAGAGCGAGAUUGGUAAGAUAUGACAGGGUGGGUUAGUGUGGCUAUAUGGAGACAUGUGUCUGGGUAGUGAUAAAGGCUCAGAGAGGAGAUAAAACGUUGUCACCACUUUCUGGUUUCAAAUAAAAAGCCUUUUAGAAGAAAACUCAACUGUGCCUGGAUAUUUAUUUUCUUCCAUUUUAUAUCUUCAGGGAUUGGCCCUCCCUUUCUGGAGCACCCUGCAGGAAGCAUUUCUCCUUUUUAGUGUGUACAUUAUAUUACAAACAACUGUGGGUGGGUGAAUAUGACUGAGCUGGUUAAUAUAUGUAAUUCAGCAGUGAGGGGGGUGAAUAAAAUAAUCUAUGGGAUUGCAGACACAGUAAGCCUGCCUUCAGAGAAGAGGCAUCUGAUUGCUUGCCCACCCCUUUCUCCGCCAGCGUACCCAUGGUGUACAUGUACUAUGAUCUGUGAUGCUACGACCAGAAUUCUCUUUGUGCUCGUCUCACUUUCUUUUUUUAUGUGCUUCCCUUUAGCAACUGCUGAACCUCGUGAGGUUCGUUAUUUCCUAAAGAGGGCAGCAUUUCAGCCUUGGUUGGGCCAGCACGCACAUCUUGUUGAUAUGCUUGGAUGCUGUUCUCUACAAGAGCCAUUUUAUAUUAUACAAGAGAACUUGGAGCCAGGAUCCCUUCUGAACUUCUUAUGGGAUUGCCGCAGGGUAAGUAGUAAUAGAGGCAAACAAAACAAAGGUUUAUUUUAUUUAUUUUUUAUGGCAACGCUUAUUUAUUUGUAAACUGGGACUGUCAUAUCCAUUAAUUCACUAGACACCUAUUGUAGAUGUGAAAUUGUUUUGUGUGUCCCGUAUUUGAACCUCUUAGCAGAGUGCUGCUUAAGAAUGGCUUUACAGAUUUUAUCCUUAUGCUGUUUCCACAUUAAAUAAGAUAUCAUUUGUAUAAAUGGACUCAUCACCAGGUUUAAACAUUUAUGACAAUACUGAUUGAAAACCCUAAAAGGAAAACUUAUAAAAUUGUGACCCGUAGAAAACUGGACCAUUCACCAGACAAAUCAACGUAAAUUGUCUGAAGAUUCCAUUGUUUUCCAUGGUGAUUGUUCCAUGUUUAAAACUUUACCCCAUUUUUUUCUGUUUGCAACAUUUUAUAAAGUUCCUUUAAUGAAACUAUUAUAUGUUCUAAAUGUAAUAAUUGUAUCCUUCAGGAUGUGAUGUCAAUGGAUGGAAUUCUGUAUGAUAUUACAGAGUGUCAAGUGUACAGCAUAGCCCUUCAGAUCCUUUCAGCACUGGUACGUGUAGUCCUGACCAAGUGUUUUCCAUGUAUUCCUUUCUGUUUACUUCGAACUCCCACAUCUGUCACAAUCUCAAUUAGCAUUUGUAACAUUUGUGAUAUUUAAAAUGCUGUUGAUUUAAAUGGAUCAUAACAAAAAAAUAUAUAUAUAUACGAUUGAUUGCAUAGUUUAAAUAUCAGACGUUAGAGUAGGAUGUGAAGGAAGGUGCAAAUGUACUAAAUAAAAGAAAACUCACAAAAAUGUACGCAAGAAAUUGUGCCACAUUACAGUUCCAGAUAAAGCAGUUUCAUCCUUGAACACAGAAAUGAGAAUAGAAAAAAACCAAUUAAAAGGACAACAUAGGCACAAAAAAUCACUUCCUCCUAAUGAAGUAAUUAUUUUUGGUUAUAUUUUUCUCUAAGAGUCAUUUCGAGGACUCUAUAAUCAUUGGAUAGAUUAUGGUUCAAGAAGGUCCUCUGUCCUUGCAUCUAAUUAUUUUAGGCAUUUAUAAAGCGCCAACUUAUGCCACAGUGCUUUAACAAUAGAUUAGAGAAUUACAAAUAAAAUAAAAUAAAACUUAUCCUGGGAGGCCAUAAGCUAUUCUGAUUAGAUAAGUCUUGAGGGACUUCUUAAAUGAUUGGAGACUAGGGGAGAGUCCAAGGGGGGUAGGCAGGCUGUUCCAAAGAAAAGGAGCUGCCUGCCAGAAGUCCUCCCUUAUAAGGGAGCGAGCAGUGGACAGAAGAAGGUCACUGGCUGAGUGGAGUGACUGAGAAGGGGCGUACCUACAAAUUAGUGAAGAAAUGUAGGGGUGGCUAGAGUUGUUUAGCGCAUUAUAGGUAAAUUUUGGCAUUUCGAAUUGACUCCUUUAGUGUACUGGAAACCAGUGUAAGGAUUGACAGAGGGGUGAGGUGUGAGCAUUCAUUAUGAACUGAAGUGAGGCAAUAUGGUUUCUGGGGAGACCAAUUAGGAGAGAGUUACAGUAGUGAAUGCAUGAUAUUACUAGAGUAUGAACAAGCUCCUUGGCAACAUCUGGCAUAAGAAAGGGGUGGACACGGCAAUGUUUGUAAAGUGGAAUUAUAUAGUUGUUUGUAACAGAAGUGAUUUGAAAAUAUUGAUGCAGCAGAUCUGAUGAGAGGUCUGUACCUAGGGGCUGAACUGCGUAUCCCAUAAAUCCCCCUGGAUUUCUUUUUUUGGGAUCUUUUAUGAUAAUGCUGAGUACAUGUAACUGAGAAUAAUUCCCAUUUGAAUGUUUUCUUCUCCAGGAGUUCUUGCACCAGCGCAAUCUACUACAUGGCGACGUGGCAGCACGUAAUGUCCUCAUCCAAAGUAAUUUUACUGCAAAACUCAGUGGAUUAGGUGGAGCCUGUGAUAUGCGACUGAGAGGGACUUUUCCAUCUCGGCGCCCCGCACCACUUAAAUGGAUGGCCCCAGAGCGUCUUCUUCAUUUACCUCUAUCUGUAAAAUCUGAUAUGUGAGUUCUCUCUGUUUGUCUGUCAAUAUUAAUAUACAUUAACCAAUGUUUGAUUAGUAGAUAGCAUUUAAUAAACAUAAAAGCUCAAUUUUAUAUUGGAUUAGGUGUUUAAAAUUUUUUUAAAAAAAAAUACUCCCAACUUUUAAAGUUAUGCGAGGAAUAGGAAGGGGGCUGUGUUGGUGAUGUAAUGCGCAGUAGUGGGGGACAGGAUUUCUGGAGAAGCGUUUCAGUCUGGCUUACAAGUUAGAAUUAACAGCCGGAAAAAGGAUGUAAUGUGCUUGGAAAUAUAUGUCAAGCACACAGAACAGGCAGUGAAAGUGGAAAAAAAAGAUUUUAAAAUAUCAUAAUUACUGCAGAGCAAUUUUAAAGUAAAAAAAUUAUAUUUUAUUAAAUCUUUUCAUGUGACAACACUGAAGAAAUGACACUGCUACAAUGUAAAGUAGUAAGUGUACAGCCUGUAUAACAGUGUAAAUCUGCUGUCCCCUCAAAAUAACUCAACACACAGCCAUUAAUGUCUAAACCGUUGGCAACAAAAGUGAGUACACCCCUAAGUGGAAAUGUCCAAAUUGGGUCCAAUUAGCCAUUUUCCCUCCCCGGUGUCAUGUGACUCGUCAAGGUCUGUCAAGGUCUCAGGUGUGAAUGGGAGCAGAUGUUAUCACCAUUUAGGUGACUAGGGUAAAUUUGGUGUUAUCACCAUUUAGGUGACUAGAGCCCCGUUCCGCAGUGCAUAAAUGGUUAAUUAACCAUUUAUUUGCUUACCUUAAUCAAGCGCCAGGCUCCCUCGACGCUGGUGACCUCUCCUCCUCCAUCAACGUCAGCUCCUGAGUGAAGCCCAGGAAAUACUGAAUGCUUUCCUAUGGGGAUUCUAUUUGACGCUGGACUACGCGGGGACAUCCAGCGUCAAAUAAGUGCGAUUUACUCCGUGUAAAUCGCAGAAGCGGUCAGGGAGACAGCCACUAGAGGCUGGAUUAACCCUGCAGUGUAAAUGUUUUCAGCUGCAGGGUUAAAACUAUGGGGACCUGGCACCCACACCACUUCAUUGAGCUGAAGUGGUCUGGGUGCCUAUAGUGGAAGUAUAUUUGCUUGCAAUGCCAUAGUUUGCAUGUUCCCUAAGUUGACAUAUAACUACAGCACAUGCAAAAGUAAUGUAUUGUAUCAAUUACAGUAAAGCUCUAAUAGUUACUAAGUAUGAAUAAAAGCUUAGUGCUACAUAUGAGCACACAUUUACAUAUGUACAAACAUGCUACGCUAAGGGGCAUAUUUACUAAACUGUGAAUUAAGGCCAACUAGCAGCCUUGCAUGGCCUACAUUUUGUCAUUUUACCUCAAUUCAAUAUUUACUGAGUAAACCCUAAAUUGAAGUGAAGCCCUUCUAAUCUUUCUUUUUUUCAGAUGGUCUUUUGGAAUUUUUAUGUACGAGAUGAUAACUUUGGGUAAGAAGUACAACAGAAAGUAUAUAUGCAUUUUCAUUUAACAAUCUUUAUUCCCUCUAAAUUGUAAUUUUGCUUAACUAAAUAAAAAAUGUAAAAUAAGGUUUUAAUAAAUUUAUUUAAAGGACACUGUAGUGCCCAAAAUAGCUUUAGCUGUUUAAAAAGAGCAUUGGAUUCCAUCUAUACAUUUUAAGUUUUAGUAAAUUACAAGUUUUGGUAGGACAAUGUAUAGAUUAGGUGAAAAAUCUAUUAAAUAAUAGGCUUUUCUCACACCUGCCAAUUAAUUCCUCAGCAGACACAUGCUGAGGAAUUAACUGAUAAAAAGAGAGCAGAAGGGUGGUAGGUCCUUCUGCUCUCCACCCAUAGUUUGUGCUGCUAGUGCUGGCUAGGGAGUAAAGGAACGGAGUGACAUCAUGCCAGCUUGUCAACGUCACUAAGAAGGUUUGCCCUGCUUGGGGAAGUGGCCAUAAGCAGGGUAAAUCAGUAAAUAACAGAGAACGAGUGUGGGUGGACUGAAUAGCAGCAGGGGAGAACCCGUUUAAUGUGAUCAACGUGGGGAAGCAAAGGCCAAGAUAAGUGGCAGGGCCGGAUUAACAGGGGCUGUUGGAGCUGCAGCUCCAGGUCCAUGCCCAUGGCAUAGGCCCGGUGCCGGUAUUGCAGUAAUAGCGGCAAUACAAAUGUCAGUCUCAGUAUAAACAGAGACUAUUCUGAUAUAUCGGCGCCGGCCAGUAGGGGUUGCUGUAUGUGUGGAGAGAGGCAGGGCUAGGAAGUUACAGCAUCUCCCUCCCUGCCUCUCUCUACUCAUUGAUCCGCGCGGGAGCAGCUCUGCACAGAGAGUCCAGACAGCAGCUCCGAGCAUGCAGAGACAGCCUACAGCUCAGGUAUGUGAGGGAUGGGGGGAAAGGCUGCAAGGAGAUAUGGGGAUACCAACACUAGGGGACACUGGGAGACACUGGGAGACAUGGGGGACACUGAGACACUAGGGGACACUGAGAGACAUGGGGACAUUGAGACACUAGGGGACACUGGAGACAUAGGGACUGCGUGAGAUUAGCGUAGGGUAUGUGUUUCCUCAUAGCUUGGGAGGUAAGACUGUUUUAGUGUUUUUGGUCGAUAAGAUUUUGUUAUUAGGCCCCUCAUAAAUGUCAGCACAAGGCUGACUGUGCUCUUAAUCUGGCCCUGAUAAGUGGCUACAAGUUCCUUUAAAAAGCCAAACAUUAUAUUGUAUAAACGUUUUUAUUGGGAUUCUACGUGCAUCAUUAAUAUGACGUCAAAUACCUUUUUAGCUAAAUAUGCGUUUUUUUAUUUUUACUCUAUAUUGUGCUGGCAAAUGUGUAGAUUAAAAAGACAUGCAAUCUAAAGAUAGUUCUCUCUUUACCAAACAAAGCGUCUUGGAAAAUAUAAGACUGUGGUGUGCACAGCUACCACAAACCCACACAAUGUGCAAGGCAUCCCACACUGGUAGAAGUGGAUGCAACUGUGGCUAGCAGAAAGCAUACGUGAAGUUAUUUUGAGAUACUACUCCUGUGUUAGAGAAAAAUGUAACACUGUCGUGUUUGACAAACUCUCUAAAAACGAACAGAAACAUGUGCACUUUAAUAUUUUUUUUCUGAUACCCAACCAAACGGUACUCAUUUUCUUAACUCAUUUUUGAAAUGGUAAAAUGAAGUAAAUAUUGAUUUAUUUUAAACACCUGUGCACACUUAGCCAUUAUCAUCAGUUUAUGUUUUCUUUGAUAUCUGAAAGUCUAAAAGUCUCUUAUUAUUAUUUUUUUGUAGGUGCACCUCCUUAUCCCGAGAUUCCUCCCUCCAAUAUACUUCAGCAUUUACAAAGAGGAAACAUCUUAACGAGACCUUCUAACUGCAAUCCAUCUAUGUAAGAACUUUGUCUUAUUACCAAGUUAUCUUUGACUUUGUUAUUAUCAGCCCUUCUUCCUCUACGCUUUUCUGAUUUGCCGUUUCAAAUUCCUCUUAAAAUUUUUCAUAUAAGCUGAAAGUUGUUUAAACAUUUUUAUUUUAUUUUUUGCAGUAUCAUACACAGAUUUUUACUUUGCUUGUUUCCUUAAAUUACAAUAUUAUUUAAAGCAGCUUGUACUUUGUGCAGAGAGACACAAUGGUGGCAUGCCCACUUGGUCUGUGCCGGCACAGGGAAGAAAUGAACAGGAGAUAUAGUUACCUGAAAAUGUCACUCAUGGGUGUCUCCAUCUUCAUUGUUUGGUCCUUUUUCAUCUUCUGGCACUUCAUCUGCCAAAAGCCUGCUUCACUGUUGCACUCUUGUGGAUGCAAGAAAGUCUAGCACAGAGUUCUAUGGAAGAUCCCAUUACAUCGUGGGAUUCUCUAUAAAACAUUUACGGAUUGUGUGGUAAGAUGUCAUUUCCCACAGUUGUCAGUAACAAUGGCUGCUGGAAGUUGCCUGAAGCUGACAGUAGAAUCUCCACCUCUUGUCUGCCAUUGUCAACUUGGGCUUUGCCCAUAAAAUAAAGAAUUCAGUGAAAAUGCAAUCAAUCUGAAUAUAUCAUACAGAUUUUAUCUUAACAAAACAGUUUCAGAGCAUUUAAUAAUACCUUCCUCUCUCAUAGGUACAGUAUCAUGAAGUCCUGCUGGGCAUGGAAGGCAUCGGACCGCGUUUCACCAUCAAACCUGCGUAAACGCCUGGAGGUUGGGAAGAAAAACUCCAAUGACAAGACAGUACUGCAGGUUCCAGAGUUAGUGGUUCCUGAACUCUAUGCAGUGGUUGCUGGGACAGAGAUUCUAAAAAUGGAGACUGAUUACACUGUUCUUUAAAUUUUAGAAAAAAUAGACCUUAAGUGGAACAUUUGGGCUCACAAACUCACACUUGGACUCCACGUGGAGAGGAGUCAGUAUAUGUGACCUAAAUGUGAGACUCUGAAAACUCUUUCCUCUCGGUUUACAUUGUGAAAGGGAAUCCGACUUGCUGAUAAUUGUUCACGGUUAAACAAAGAAUAAAGAAGAAACCGGUCAAGAUAUUCCUGCAGGGAUUUCCUGAGGCAUAAUCAUUUUCGUCAAACAUGUUUACUGAAAUAUGACUCUGAAGCGUUUAGAAUAUUCCAUCCUUUGCUCCGAUUUUACAUAGACCUGAUGUCAAUUGAUGAACUCAUCCAUGCAUCAAUUGUCACAGAGUUUUUUGUCGUGUUUUUUUUUUUUUUUUUUUAAAUUUAUCUCUGUUUAGCUGUGAAAUGUUUUUGGACUUGAAGAUAUUGCAAGCCAACACGUUUGUAUUCUUCAAAGAAGUUGUGCUCCUGUGAUCUAAUUUGUUACAUAGAAUUAUAAGAUUUCUGACUACACAUCAUUGGAUGCAGGGUCCAAAGACUUGCCAUUAAACACUGCCCAUCAAAAAAAUUCUACAACCUUGUUCUCAGUCCCAUACCCUUCUUCUAAAACCCACCCAUCUCCCCUACUGAAACUCCGGAAAUUGUCUUCUAAAGACUACCGUGUCCUUCCUUCUCACAUUAUGUUCUCCACUUUAAGCCUUGCCAUCUUAUACGUUAGAAGAGCAAGACCAGGUCACAUAGCCUGUUUCAGAUGUAAAAUAAUCAAAUCCUAUUAGAUUUAUUCAUAUAUUGAGACUCUUAGUAUAGUAGAUAGGUACAGUGCUAGAUCCUCUUAUUGCAGUCUUCAGGUAGUGCUAUUUACUUGAACCAAGAAACAGUUAUUUAUCUUCCAACUUUCUGAACAAUAAAUGUUGUUCAGUUUACCUGGUGCUGAUUGUUCUAGAAACUGCAGGUUUAAGAAAGAAAUUUAAACAGUAGGUUUAAUUAUGCUAAUUUGGAUCUGAAUGUUAAAAAGAAACGUAAGUAGAAUUUUUGAUUCUUGAUGUCUCAAACAAUUUUAUCAGGUCAGCUCUUUUCUUUCUGUAUAAAAUGCCUUGCGGCAAUUACACAGCAAGCAGUUUUUCAUGAUUUGCAAGGAACAUAACUCAUAAAGCUAUUUAACUCACAGAAGUGCUUCAUAUGUGAGGAACAUGUCCUUUUUUAUUUUUUUUUUAAAAAAGUGUUAAUUUCAAUAGAAAUUGAAAAUUUUCAAAAGGAAGCUUGUUACAUCUCCCAGCUGUCAAUCAGACAGCCUGUCCUGUUACUUCCUGGUAGUUUUGCUUUUUGGAACUAAACUCAAGAGGCGGCUACUGCCCAGAGCACCUGCCUUGCAGACUGUGAAGUCUGUGAUUGGAUAGCCACAGAAAGUCUGUGCUGGGGAAGAAGGGGAAGGCUUGCGGUAGCUGCAGGUAUUGUAUCUGCAGCUAUCAGAAGCCAAGAUUUUUAUAUACCCCCAAAGAAAGCAUGCAUAACAGAUAACAUGUAUAUUUUCUGUAGGUGUAUAUCUAUUAAUUUGUCAUUGAUUUUUUUAUUACGUAUUCAUUUAACAACAUUUUUUUAGGUAAGUGACAUGUCAAAACAAUAUUGCAUAUGAUAUUCACAGCUUUUUCUAAAAAGCUUACUGUCACAGGGGCACAGUACUCCAAGCGUGUUUUCGCGACUUGGUUUUGAGGGUGAAAAGUUUAAAAAUGACUAUUAUUUACAAUAGAACUAGAAUAAUGAUUUUAAAAAGUCCCUCUUAACCCACACUUAACCUUAAUAGCAAAAAGCUGCCAAUAUAAAUAAUAACAUAAUAAUAAUAAUAACAAAAAGGCAAUGUAUUAACUAGGAAGCCUUGGUUUCCCUAAGCAAAGAAGAUUAAAACCACAAACACUAUUUUAGCACAAUCUAUACACAACUUGCAAAAUACCAUUAAAUUAAAUACAGAAUUAGCUUAUUAAAGGAACACUGUAUUGCCCGAAAUACAAAUAUGUAUUCUUGACAAUAUAGUGCUGGCCUGGCUGUUUAGGUGGCUGGCUCCACUCUGAUCGACCCUAAAAGGUGAAUUUACUCACCUUUUUUGCCAUGCCAGUCUUGCCGUGGUGUUCAUAGGCAGCAAUGUAAACACUGCCUUUUCUCUGAAAAUGCAGCAUUUAUACAGUGCUCAGCCUACAGGGACUGGCUAUAGACACCAGAACAUUAAGCUGUAGUAGUUCUAGUGACUAUAACGUCCCUUUAAUAUUUUAAUAACAAGACAAAAUAAUGUUAUACAGUAAAUAAAUGUUAUACAGUGCCAAAAUGACACAAAGCAAAUAGGACAUACGAAACAAACAAACAAACAAAAAUACAAAAAUCAGUUCUGGAAAUAAAAUUGUGUUUAAACAAAACACAGAGCCUUCACUAGAGCAAAUAUCCCCGCAAAUUUACAGCAGCCCAAAUAAAAUCCAAGAUAAGUUUUGUUUCAGGUGGGCUAGCAUUCAUUUAUAUGUGAGUCUUCCUCUCUGUUUCCAGAAAACCCAGCCAGCCUGAAUGACAAGUUUAUGAUAAUUGCUAAUGUGCACACAACUCUUUGAACCUUAUAUAUUCAUGGUAGAAUCCUGGCUCCUGGCAAAGCAGAGGGAUUGUCUUUGUGGAGAUUUCAAUGAAUGUGAUCAAAAGGUUUAAUUUCUGCAAGAGACAACCUGAUUAUUUCUGCAAGAGAUAAGCAGGUUAAUCCCUAAUGCUGGCACAGAAUCAUGCCCAUUGUCCAUGACAGUCACGACUGAAUUACUUCCGGUUUUAGGUGAAGGAAAUUUGACGUUCUAAUAGUAGAGUACUCGUCUACUAAUAUACCCUGUUUGCAUUUUCACAGGGCAUGGUGAGUAGAUGAGUAGACUGAUAAAAUGCACCUUCUUAUAUAGUUAUAAAUGUUUUAUAUUUAAUAAAAAAAUAUUUUAUUUUAAGUUUUUUUUUUAUACUUUCUGUUUCUUUAUACUGUCAC